AUGCUUGUCUGUGCAGCGAACGCAGGUGUGACUCACACUCCUCCACACUCCCUCACCUUCUGCUCUUCCAACGCUAAAUCCCAACGACUUUUCUCGAAUUCUGUGAGCCUCCCUCUCACGCACGCACCCUCCUGCUUUCUCCAAACCAUCAACGACAACCCUACUUCCGAUUCCGAUGAUGCCCUCCGUCUCACGGUGUCUUCUGCCGCCGCUGUCGCCUCCGCCAUUCGCAAGGCCUCCACCUCCCCCAUCCAGUUCACCCAGCGUCCCGAGAGCGAUCGCCAAUCCGGACUAGUGCUUCCCAGCACCGACUUCCAUCGACUGUGCCUCCACCAGCUCCGCCUCUUUCGGAGGAUCGUUCCCGAAGCCCUGCUCUCGGUGUAUGUUAGACCAGCUGGCAGUUAUGUGAUGGAUCGGUUGGAGCUGCGACGGGUUGCACUGUACCCUGGAGAUGCAGAGUCAGAGGGCAUUGUCAUUCUUGUGGGUCAAUUUAAUAUUCCUGCUGGGUUGCGUGCUGCCGAGGCCACACUUUCUAAUUUGCAAGUUAGUGUUGUCCCUGAAUGCAAGGCUGUCGUUCUUCCGAUGGUGAAGCACCCAUUUGUUGUAGGUUUCUUGGUAGCUGAGCUUCCAAUGGCGGAGCAGGAACAGUGUCAGAAACCUCAAAGUGAUGGUCCAGAUAACUACACGUCUAUUGAGGAACCUUAUUCAUUGCCUCCGUUUUUGGAUUUAGAUAAAAAGUCGAGGAAAAUUCAGACUCUUCAGGUCAAGGACGAGGCAGCUGGUAUGUGGAACUUCACUUCUGAGCAAAGAUCAAAUGCUAUCAACAUUUCACAGUCUCUAGCUAUGGCAUAUGUCAUGGAUCAGAAAGCAAUGCUACUUCAGCAAUCCACAUGGCAAAAUAAUGUCAGGAUGGGUAAUCUGGUUGAGCAAAUCCGUGGUCCACUUUCAAGUAUUCAAACCUUAAGUAAAAUCCUGUCUGCACAGACAAAGCGAACUCAGAUUUCAUAUGACAUUGUUGAAGACCUCUUGGUGCAAGGUGAUCGUCUGAGGGAUGUUCUCCAACAACUACAAGAUGCUGUUUAUUUGACAAAGACAAAUAUAGUGCGCUACAAUGAAGAAGCAAUCAAGAAAAUGAAUGGUUCUGCUCACAUACUUGCUGAAUCAGCAAGAUCUCAAUUGCUAGAUAGCUCCCCAGGAGAUGAUGUCUCUGCAAAUAAAAUGAAAAACUGUGGUGAAUCACUUUCUCUAAGUGCUGCUGUCCAUGAUGUAGAGAUGCCACUACCACCUUUGGCCCUCUCUCCAUUGCAACAUGGAAUCAGAUCGUGCAAUGUUUCUGAAUUAUUGACAGACUUGGUUGAUUCAGUGAAACCACUUGCCCAGAGUCAAAAACGUUUAGUGGAACUAAGUGAACUCUCAUCACCUUUGCUGGCUGCUGUAGAAGAACCUGCAUUGCGCCAGGCUUUCAGCAAUCUUAUUGAAGGUGCUUUACUACGCACGCAUGUUGGAGGAAAGGUUGAAAUUGUAUCUACUGCAGCACCAGCUGGUGGCACCCUUGUACUUAUUGAUGAUGAUGGACCUGAUAUGCACUAUAUGACUCAGAUGCACUCACUCACACCUUAUGGACAAAAACUGUUGUCUGAUGAUAUGAUUGAAGACAAUAUGACUUGGAACUUUGUUGCUGGGCUGACUGUUGCCCGUGAGAUACUAGAGAGCUAUGGCUGUGUCGUCCGCAUCGUUUCGCCUAGGAUUAAAGAUGCUCCUCUUGGAGCUGGGGGAACACGUCUCGAACUCUGGCUUCCUUCAAUUGUAAAAUCUAAUUUGAGCAGCCACACCCAAGAGGGGAUAGCAUGA